AUGCCCAUCGUAUACACUCCGUCGGUGGGUCAGGCCUGCAAGGACUUUGAUCGUAUUUUCCGAGGCUCUCGUGGUAUUUACUUUAAUAUCUCGGAGAAGGGCAACUUCAAACAAGUCAUUUGGAACAGCAAUGUUCGUGAUGCUGAUAUCAUCGUUGUCACUGAUGGUUCUCGUAUCCUUGGUCUUGGUGAUCUUGGUACCAACGGUAUGGGUAUCCCUAUUGGUAAACUCUCCCUUUAUGUCGCAUGUGCCGGUAUCAACCCUGGCCGCACUGUGCCUGUUACCCUCGAUGUCGGUACUAAUAACCCGGAUCUGCUCAAUGAUGAUAUGUACCUUGGUGAGCGCCAUAAGAGAGUCGAUGGUGAGGAGUACUAUGCUGCUGUGGACGAGUUUGUCGAUGCUGUCCGUUCCCGUUGGCCCGGUGUCCUCAUCCAAUUCGAGGACUUCACUAAUGAUCAUGCCUUCCCCCUCCUCAAGAGGUAUCAAGAGAACAUCUUAUGCUUCAAUGAUGAUAUCCAGGGUACUGGCUCUGUCGCCCUGGCAGGAGUGCUCACCGCAAUGCGAGCCAAAUCCGAGGCUCUCGCGGACCAACGCAUCGUUUUCUUCGGGGCCGGCUCUGCAGCUGUCGGGGUAGCCGACAGUAUUGUCUCCGCCAUGGUCCAACAGGGCCUCACCAUCGAGGAGGCAAGACAGAGAUUCUGGUUGGUGGAUUCCAGGGGACUUGUUACUUCUAAGAGAGGCGGGGAGCUGCAGGAACACAAAGUGCGUUGUCGUCGCCGCCUGCAGUUAACAGGAGACGUGAUGUGGUCAACAGAUACGAUUCUGUCGAGAUGA